AUGCUUUAUUUAAGUGACAUUGAAGAAGUCCCAUCUGGGAACGAAUCAAGAUACAAUUUCUCGGAAGUUUUGUUGUUUUCUAAUACUCAAGAAAACCUCAUCACCGUCGUUGGGGAGUUACACAUACUUACGGAUCGUGUAGUUCGUUACAAAGCUGAGCCUGAAUCAAGGGAAGUUACGAUAACAACACUGCCAUCUUUAUUAGCACUUUUACUUGAAAAGAGGGACCAAGCAAAACGCGUGUACAGGGAUGUACUUUCAAUGAAAAUGUCGGAACUGGACUGGGAUAUCGGUGAAUUGUUCACACAGUUGCAAGAAGAAUUGACUAGGACUGAUGACACUCUUUCCAUGUAUCCUAGAAGAAGAUCCUUCCAUUAG